AGACGGAGAGAGGCAGGCAGGCAGGCAGGCAGGGCGAGGGCGAGAGACGGAGGGAGGGAGCGAGCGAGGCAGACCAGACAGACAGACAGGCGGGCGGGCGGGCAGAGCGAGCCACCCGCCAGGCUGCGCUCAGCCCCGCUCGCAGCGGAGAGAGCAGAAGGCAGGAGGAGGGAGGGGAGGAGGGAGGAGGGAGGGAGAGAGGGAAUCCAGCUACCACCACCCAAAGCCAGCGUCUGCUUUCUGUCCUCAUUUCCUUUUCCCACCCAGCUCGGAGAGCAGAGAAAGGCAGAGAGAGCGAGAAAUAGAGACAGGCAGACAAACAGACAGACAGACAGAGCGGGAGGGAGGAGGGCGGCGGAGGAGGAGCAGGAGGACUACGCGGGGCGCCUUCCCUCCCAGCCGGGCGCCCGUGUCGCUGCCGCCGGCGGAAGAUAGACGCCCCCCGAAACCCCUCUCCUGGCUCGGACCCACGGAGCCGGCAGCCCAGCACUCCGAUGGGAGCUUGCCUGACUGUCUACUCAUUGGCCUGGACCCCAGAGCCACGCCAGCUGAGUGAGUGCCAAGGGUCCCAGGUGAGGGGCACUGCUCAGGCCUCUGCAGAGACUACCCUGGAGAAGCUGAUGCUGGUGGAGACAGGCCUUUCCUGCUGAGUUGGGCCUCUGCAGAGCCUGCUCAGCCCCUACCUCACAGGAUUGGUAUGAAGAAUCAAAUGAAGCAAUGCCUGGACAGCUUCCAGCCCAGUGCCUGGCGUGCAGUAGGUGCUCACUAAACCUGAGCUCCGGUGGUCCUUUCCAGGCGCUGUCCACACCCCAAGGCCUGGACUCAGGCCGAAGUUGCUCUACAACACCCCCAGCUGACAGCCAUCGACGGGCAGAGUCCCCAAGCACGGGGGCCCUCUGUUUACCAGAGAUAUCCAGUGUGACAGCCCAGGCGGCAAGCCGAGGGUUCUGGUCCCGGCUUCUCGCACCCUCAUGUCAGCCCCGGCCCCGCCCGGCGGCCCGAGGAGGACAAGGUCAGGAUGCGUGUGAAGCCCCAGGGCCUGGUGGUGACUUCCAGUGCCGUGUGCAGCUCUCCUGACUACCUCCGAGAGCCCAAGUACUACCCCGGCGGCCCCCCAACCCCCCGGCCCUUGCUUCCCACCCGGCCCCCUGCCAGCCCACCUGACAAGGCCUUUUCAACCCAUACCUUCUCUGAGAACCCACGCCCACCCCCUCGUCGGGACCCCAGCUCCCGGCGUCCACCAAUCCUUGCCAAGGGGGACGACCUGCUACCUCCUCGGGCAGCCCGGCCUGUCUCCCAGGCCCAUUGUCCCUCACCAGCCCCCGACAACAACUCUCUCCGCCACUGGGACAACGGGCGUGUGAACCUGCGACCGGUGGUGCAGCUGAUUGACAUCAUGAAGGAUUUGACGAGGCUGUCCCAGGACCUGCAGCACAGUGGGGUGCAUCUGGACUGUGGAGGGCUGCGGCUAAGCCGCCCACCUGCUCCACCACCCGGCGACCUGCAGUACAGCUUCUUCUCUUCACCCAGCCUGGCCAACAGCAUCCGCAGCCCUGAGGAGCGUGCUACCCCUCACACCAAGUCAGAGCGGCCCAGCCACCCCCUCUAUGAACCUGAGCCCGAGCCCAGGGAUAGUCCCCAGCCUGGCCAAGGCCAUGGUCCUGGAGCCACAGCCACGACCACCGGUCUGCCCCCUGAGCCUGAGCCAGACGGGCCUGAUUACUCUGAGCUAGCAGAUGCCGACAUCCUCAGUGAACUGGCCUCCCUCACAUGCCCAGAGGCCCAGCUCCUGGAGGCUCAAGCCCUUGAGCCACCUUCACCACAGCCUGAACCACAGCUCCUGGACCCCCAGCCCCGCUUCCUAGAUCCACAGGCACUAGAGCCUCUAGGAGAAGGUUUGGAGCUACCACCCCUGCAGCCUCUUGCUGAUCCCCUGGGACUGCCGAGCCUGGCUCUGCAGGCCCUAGAUACCCUACCUGAUUCCUUGGAAUCCCAGCUCCUUGACCCUCAGGCCCUUGACCCCCUGCCCAAGUUGCUGGAUGUCCCCAGUCGACGUCUAGAGCCCCAGCAAUCCUUGGGGCACUGCCAACUGGCUGAGCCCUUACGCCUGGACUUGUGCUCACCUCAUGGUCCCCCUGGGCCUGAGGGUCACCCCAAGUACGCCUUGAGGCGCACUGAUAGGCCAAAGAUCCUGUGUCGCAGGCGGAAAGCAGGAAGGGGGCGAAAGGCGGACUCAGGACCUGAGGGUCGCCUGCUUCCUCUUCCCAUGCCUACAGGGCUGGCAGCUGCCCUGGCAGAGCCCCCACCGCUGCCCCCACCACCACCACCUCCUGCUCUGCCAGGCCCAGGCCCAGGCCCAGUUCCUGAGCUGGAGCCAGAGUCUUCUCAAACCCCAAUGCUACCCACUCGCAAAGGCAAGUGCAGGGGUGUCCGGCGCAUGGUGGUGAAGAUGGCCAAGAUCCCUGUGUCACUGGGGCGGAGAAACAAGACCACAUACAAAGUUUCAUCCUUGAGCAGCAGUCUGAGCGUGGAGGGCAAGGAGCUAGGCUUGAGGGUAUCUUCAGAGCCCACCCCGUUGCUGAAGAUGAAAAACAAUGGCCGGAAUGUGGUGGUGGUCUUCCCGCCAGGGGAGAUGCCCAUUAUUCUCAAGCGCAAGCGUGGCCGCCCUCCGAAGAACCUGCUGCUGGGUCCUGGCAAGCCCAAAGAGCCAACAGUGGUAGCUGCCGAGGCCGCCACUGUGACGGCAGCUACCAUGGCCAUGCCGGAGGUGAAGAAACGGCGGCGGCGGAAACAAAAGCUGGCGUCUCCACAGCCAUCGUACGCAGCAGACGCCAAUGACAGUAAGGCUGAGUACUCUGACGUCCUUGCCAAGCUGGCCUUUUUGAACCGCCAGAGCCAGUGUGCUGGGCGGUGCUCGCCACCCCGCUGCUGGACACCCAGUGAGCCUGAGUCAGUGCACCAGGCCCCAGACACUCAGAGCAUCUCUCAAUUCCUGCAUCGCGUGCAGGGCUUCCGGAGGCGUGGAGGCAAAACAGGAGGCUUUGGAGGUAGGGGUGGAGGCCAUGCAGCCAAGGCAGCCCGCUGUUCCUUUAGUGACUUUUUUGAGGGCAUUGGCAAGAAAAAGAAGGUGGUAGCAGUGGCAGCUCCCGGGGUUGUGGGUCCUGGUCUCACUGAAUUGGGGCAUCCUCGUAAACGGGGCCGAGGAGAGGUAGAUGCUGUAACUGGGAAACCCAAGCGCAAGAGGCGGUCCCGAAAGAAUGGGACUCUGUUCCCAGAGCAGGUGCCCAGUGGCCCAGGCUUUGGGGAGGCAGGUGCUGAGUGGGCCGGGGACAAGGGUGGUGGCUGGGCCCCUCACCAUGGGCACCCAGGAGGACAAGCUGGCAGGAACUGUGGUUUCCAGGGAACUGAGGCCAGGGCUUUUGCCUCCACUGGGCUGGAGAGUGGGGCCUCAGGCCGCGGCAGCUACUAUGCUGGUGCACCAUCGGGCCAGACAGAGCUCAGCCAGGAGCGCCAGAACCUCUUCACUGGCUAUUUUCGGUCCCUGCUUGAUUCAGACGAUUCCUCUGACCUCUUGGACUUUGCCCUGUCGGCCUCUCGCCCAGAGUCCCGGAAGGCAUCGGGGACCUACGCAGGACCUCCCUCCAGUGCGCUGCCUGCUCAGCGGGGCCUUGCCACCUUCCCAAGCCGGGGAGCCAAGGCUAGCCCAGUGGCAGUGGGCAGCAGUGGAGCUGGGGCAGACCCCUCCUUCCAGCCUGUCCUGCCUUCCCGUCAGACCUUUCCACCAGGGCGGGCAACAAGCUAUGGGAUAACCCCAGCCACUUCAGACUGCCGGGCAGCUGAGACCUUCCCAAAGCUGGCUCCCCCUCCUUCAGCCGUGGCCCGCUCACCUACAACCCACCCGCCUGCCAACACCUACCCACCUCAGUAUGGUGGCUAUGGGGCCGGGCAAAGUGUGUUUGCCCCAGCAAAGCCCUUUUCAGGACAGGACUGUGCUAAUAGCAAGGACUGCAGCUUCGCCUAUGGCAGCGGCAAUAGCCUUCCUGCCUCACCCAGCAGCGCCCACAGUGCUGGCUAUGCCCCGCCACCUACUGGGGGUCCCUGCCUACCACCCAGCAAGGCCUCUUUCUUCAACAGCUCUGAGGGGGGCCCCUUCUCUGGGUCAGCUCCCACACCCUUGCGCUGUGACAGUAGAGCCAGUACCGUCUCACCGGGUGGCUAUAUGGUGCCCAAGGGCACCACAGCUUCUGCGGCCUCCUCCUCUUCCUCUUCCUUUCAGCCCUCACCCGAGAACUGUCGGCAGUUUGUGGGGGCGUCUCAGUGGCCUUUCCGGCAGGGGUAUGGCGGCCUGGACUGGGCCUCAGAGGCCUUUAGUCAGCUCUACAAUCCCAAUUUUGACUGCCACGUCAGUGAACCCAAUGUGAUCUUGGACAUCUCGAACUACACACCGCAGAAGGUGAAGCAGCAGACAGCCGUGUCUGAGACCUUCUCCGAGUCGUCCUCUGACAGCACCCAGUUCAAUCAGCCAGUUGGUGGUGGUGGUUUUAGGCGUGCCAACAGUGAGGCCUCAAGCAGUGAGGGCCAGUCCAGCCUGUCCAGCCUGGAGAAACUCAUGAUGGACUGGAACGAAGCGUCAUCGGCUCCCGGCUACAACUGGAACCAGAGUGUCCUCUUUCAGAGUAGUUCAAAGCCUGGCCGUGGACGGCGGAAGAAGGUGGACCUAUUUGAGGCUUCACAUUUGGGCUUUUCGACAUCCACCUCAGCCACUGCCUCUGGCUACCCGUCCAAACGGAGCACCGGGCCCCGGCAGCCUCGGGGUGGUCGGGGUAGUGGGGCCUGCUCAGCCAAGAAGGAGAGGGGUGGUACAGCGGCCAAAGCCAAGUUCAUCCCCAAGCCACAACCGGUUAACCCGCUGUUUCAGGACAGCCCAGACCUUGGCCUGGACUACUACAGUGGAGACAGCAGCAUGUCACCACUGCCCUCGCAGUCGAGAGCCUUUGGUGUGGGAGAACGAGAUCCCUGUGACUUCAUGGGACCCUACUCCAUGAAUCCAUCUACACCUUCUGAUGGCACUUUUGGCCAAGGCUUCCACUGUGACUCUCCCAGCCUGGGUGCUCCCGAGCUUGACGGCAAGCAUUUCCCACCCUUGGCCCACCCACCCACAGUGUUUGAUGCUGGCCUGCAGAAGGCCUACUCACCCACCUGUUCACCAACUCUAGGCUUCAAGGAAGAGUUGCGGCCGCCACCUUCAAAGCUGACUGCCUGCGAGCCCCUCAAGCAUGGUCUUCAGGGGGCUAGCCUGAGCCAUGCAGCCCAGGCCCACCUGAGUUGCCGGGACCUGCCCCUAGGCCAGCCUCACUAUGAUUCCCCUAGUUGCAAGGGUACAGCCUAUUGGUACCCACCAGGUUCAGCUGCCCGUAGCCCGCCCUAUGAAGGCAAGGUGGGUUCGGGGCUGCUGGCUGACUUCCUGGGCAGGACGGAAGCUGUCUGCCUCAGUGCCCCUCACCUGGCUAGCCCACCAGCCACGCCCAAGGCCGACAAGGAGCCACUGGAGAUGGCCCGACCCCCGGGUCCACCCCGUGGCCCUGCUGCAGCCGCUGCUGGCUAUGGCUGCCCUCUCCUUAGUGACUUAACUCUGUCCCCUGUGCCAAGGGACUCGCUGCUGCCCCUGCAGGACACUGCCUACAGGUAUCCAGGCUUUAUGCCACAGGCACAUCCUGGCCUGGGUGGGGGCCCUAAGAGUGGCUUCCUGGGGCCCAUGGCGGAACCUCACCCUGAGGACACAUUUACCGUCACCUCCCUGUAGUACCAACUGAAGUGCCGACUGGACCACGAGGUUUUGUUCCUGGCUUUCAGAAGACCAAUGCCAAGACCCCUCCCAGCGUCCACAUCGUCCUCUGGCAGGAGCGCCUGCCCCUCUGUCCCCCACCUGCACCCCAUACCCCACCCCACGACCCCUCCCUGCCCAUCUCCUCCACGCAGAAGCCGAAGGUGAGCCCUUUCUGCACAAAACCAGCAAUUGUAAAUACUUUUUAAAAUGUACAAAACUUAAAAACAAAACACAGUUUUAGAAAAAGACAAAAAAAAGAGAGAGAACGAGAGAGAGAGAGAGAGAGAGAGCGCGUGUGCAAGAGGUUGUGAGCGGGGCUUCGAGGUGUCCAGAACCCCUGCAAGUGUGCACUGAGAAAUUUAUCUACAGGUCGUUUGACAAAAAUGAACAAUAUCCUAUUUAUUGUAUAUACUGUUUUAUUAUAAAUUGUGGAUUGUAUAUUGCAUUCUGUAAACCU